UGCCAACGCCGGCAGCAUGGAGUCGCUGGUAUCUGAGCUGCAUGCGAUUCAGGCCGUGAAGUUCGGCAGUUUCGAGCUAAAGAGUGGCAUAUUGUCGCCUGUUUACUUCGAUUUGAGAGUCAUUGUGUCCCACCCAGCUCUCAUGAACCAGGUUUCUGAUCUCUUGUGGCAAACCGCAAACUGUGCUGGAAUCAAAUACAGUUCCAUUUGUGGUGUUCCGUACACCGCUUUACCUCUUGCGACUAUUAUCUGUUCUACCAAAGGAAUUCCCAUGCUUAUUCGUCGAAAGGAGGCCAAGGAUUAUGGUACAAAGCGCAUAGUAGAAGGCAUUUUUAUCCCGGAAGAAACCUGUCUUAUUGUUGAGGAUGUUGUCACAAGUGGUUCUAGUGUCUUGGAGACUGCACAAGUUCUUCGUCAGGAAGGAUUAAAAGUCACUGAUGCGGUGGUGUUGUUGGACCGAGAGCAAGGAGGAGCCGCCAGAUUAGAAAAGGAAGGGAUACGUUUACACUCUGUCUGUUCCUUAUCCAGGUUAUUAGAGAUUCUAUACAAACAAGGCAAACUUGAUUUUGACAUGGUAGAAAAUGUCAAAACAUUCAUCAAAACAAAUUCUUAUGUACCAGUGAAAGAAAUGAUAAAUGGUUCAGCAAAACAACUCAACAACCAGUCAAAUGUAAAAACACACUUUAAAGCAAUCAGUUAUGGUGCUCGCGCUCAGCUUCCUGAGAUUCAUCCAAUCACAGCCCAACUUUUUAACAUCAUGGAAAAGAAACAAACAAAUUUGUGUCUGGCUGCUGAUGUUACAGACUCCAAAGAAUUACUGCAGCUGGCUGAUUCAGUUGGUAACGAGAUCUGCAUCUUGAAAACACAUGUUGAUAUAUUGAAUGAUUUUAACGAAGAAGCCUUCAAAGAGCUCAGAGCCAUUGCCAACAUGCAUGAAUUUUUGAUAUUUGAAGACCGAAAAUUUGCAGAUAUUGGAAACACUGUUAAGCACCAGUAUGAAGGUGGAGUAUACAAAAUCGCUCAGUGGUCUGACUUUGUGAAUGCUCAUGUGGUUCCUGGCCCUGGAGUAAUAAAAGGACUAAAAGAAGUUGGCAUACCUCUGAAACGAGGCUGUUUGCUGAUUGCAGAAAUGAGCUCUGAGGGUUCCCUAGCUACAGGGAACUACACCAAAGCAGCUGUAAAACUGGCUGAAGAACAUGCUGACUUUGUAAUUGGGUUUAUAUCUAGCUCAAACAUCAGCAGCAGAUCAGAAUUUAUACACAUGACUCCAGGAGUCCAGAUGCAGAUUGGAGCCGAUGAUCUGGGCCAACAGUAUCUGAGUCCCGAAGAGGUGAUCAAUAAAAGGGGAUCUGAUGUCAUCAUUGUGGGUCGAGGAAUCCUGUCUGCAAAGGAUCGUAUGGAAGCUGCAAGAAUGUAUAAAAAAGCUGGAUGGGAAGCUUACCUGAAUAGGUUAAUGGUCCAUUAAGAAUUGAAAGUUUGAUCAAAAACACAAUAUUACUGAAUUUGUUUACGAAAUCUGAAAAUCAAUUUUUUUCGUUUUCAUACAAGUAUUCAAUCUAUUUUUAAAUAAAAACUGAGUGAUAUUAAGAGAACCUCGCUCAUCUUCAUAAUAUCCAAUUCUGGAAAAUUGGGAAAUAAUUCCUCACGCUCGUGGUAUUAGAACGUAAUAUUUAGAGGAAUUUAGCCUUUUAUACUUGUUCACAGGAUGGUUUUCCAUCUCGGCAUCAUUUUCCAGUACUAUUCCAUAUUACUUUGAUUCCCUACAAAUCCACAAAUCUGUCAGUUCUUGUUUUGAAUGAACCUAAUGAUUCCACCUCCAUAGGCCUUUGAAGGAAGAACUUUCUGGCAUCUCUGUCUUAAAUGCUCUACCUCUUAUUCAGAUACUUUUACCCCAAUUCCAGGCACCUAAGCCAUGGAAAUGGCUCCACAUCCACUUUGUUAAGUCUUGUGAGAAUUUUGUAAGAUUCACUGAGAUCACUUGUCAUUCUUGUUGUGCACCAAUCCCAUCAUCUCAGUUGGUGCUAUGUAGGUUUAAUGUAAAAUGUCCUGUUUCUAGUUAGGAGAUCAAAAGUUACACACUAUUCCAGAUGUGGCCUUAAUGCAGUCAUAUCUGGUUUUGGUGAAACAUCUGUACUGAACUUUUUUUAUUUCAGAUAUUUUGGAUUCAGAUUUAUUUAUCAUAUGUACAUAGAAACUGUGGAAUGUGUUGUUCAUGUUAACUACCAACAUCCCUAAGGAUGUGCUGGGGCCACCCGCCACCACCAUAACAUGCUCUUGUAAUAACUGCCAAAUACUACUUGCCAUCCUAAAUUGUUUGCUUCAUCUGCAUAACAACACCCCUGUCCAUGGAAAAUCCUCAGUAUUUCAUAUUCUUAAAAGCCAUACUGUUUUUUGUGGUCCGAAGUGAAUGACUAUGUUUUCAUAUUAUCUUACAAUUACUAUGGUUCUGACACUUAGUACAUUCGAGAUGUUGGUGUUUUCCUAACUGCUGUCCACUUUAAAAUGCAAUCUGUAUUUCUACGUGCAGAAACUGCUAGCUAACAAAGAAGAGAGCAGGACUUGGUGUUCAUGAAACAGAUUGAACUAUGCUUCUGUUAUUUUCUGUUACAAGUUGUCAGAGCAAGAUGAGUGACACUUCUAUAAAAUUUUCAAAUUCAAAAUGUUUUAUUUAUUUUUAUUGUUCACAACCAACAAUUCCCUUAGAAUGUCCCAACUUUUUAUUUCUGAAACAACAAUGAUCAUUCAGUAUCGAAUUAAUAGUUUGUUCAUGUCUUUUGCGUGUACAGUAGCUUUUGCUACUUAUAAGCUGAAGCGAUGUUACAGCAGCAGUAAUCUUCCUGUAAUUGGCAUCAGAUAUUCCACUGCACAAAUACAUUGUUAUAAAGGCAAGACCAAAGAUGUAAGAAGUUGCUGCCUAGAAUUUGUGGGAGUUUUACAAUUUGUAUACAAAAACGGUUACAUUUUUCCAUUCUUCUCACCAUGUGUCAGUUUGUGUAAAUAAAUUAUCAAGGCUGCUGGUUCGGAACAUAGAAGAUAGAAUGGUACAGCACAGAACAGGCCCUUCGGCCCACAGUGUUGUACUAAACCAGCUAAAGAAAAUCAAAAAUCCCCAUUUCCUACCUACAUGAUAUCCAUAUCCCUCCAUCUUUCUCAUAUUCAUGUGCAUAUCUAAAUAUGUCUAAAGCCUCUUAAGGUAUUUGCCUCUACCACCAUACCAGGCAGCUGCAUUCCAGGCAUCCACCUCUCUCUGAGUAAAAAAAACUUACCCCUCACAUCCCUUGUAAACCUACGCCCUCUUAACUUCAAUGCAUGCUGUCUGGUGCUAGACAUUUCUAUCCUGGGAACAAGAUACUCCCUGUCAAUCUAUGCCUGUCAAACUUAUAAACCUCUAUCAGAUCUCCCCUUAGCCUCCACCGCUCCAAAAAAACCAACCUAAGUUUGUCCAGCCUCUCGUGAUAGCACAUGUCCUCUAAACCAGGCAGCAUCAUGGUAAACCUCUUCUGCACCCCCUCCAAAGUCUCAACAUCCUUCCUAUAGUGGGGCGACCAGAACUGUGUGCAAAACUCCAGAUGAGCAGAGCUUUAUAAAGUUACAACAUAACCUCCGGACUUGAAUUCAAUGCCUUGGGUAAUAGAGGCAAGCAUUCCAUAAGCAUCCUAGAGCUUGAUACAGAACACUGCAGGGCUAGAAAGAAGAUUUGCUCAUAACAGAACUGAAAAUCUUGAAGGUGUUCUUUGUGUCAAAGAAAUUGUAUACAUUUUCAACUUCUGUCAUUAUAAUGCACAACUCUGUGCAUUUUGAAGAUGGACAAUUAUGUAAACUCAUUACCUGCUAAUUGUACCAAGUUGCAGUAAGAAUGCUGUACUGUGUUACUGAUUGAUAAAUAAAAUUACUGCU